UUCGAGCGAGUCCUCGCGGAAGUACUGACGUGUUCAUACGUCAUUAGCCGGCCCAGCACGAGAGGUAGUUAGGUAGUGACACAGCGGCAGAAUCAGACAUAAUGUCAGAAGGGGACAGUGUUGGUGAAUCGAUCCAUGGGAAACCAUCCACAAUCGGCAGCUUCUUCACGCGGGUUGGACAGAUCUAUCAGUCAUGGCUAGACAAGUCAACGCCGUUCUCCAUAGGGCGAUGGGGAGUCACUCUUUCUCUAACGGCCAUCUACAUGAUCAGAGUGUACAUAUUACAGGGUUGGUAUAUUGUAACAUAUGCUCUGGGAAUCUACCAUCUUAACCUGUUCAUCGCUUUUCUAUCACCAAAAGUGGAUCCAUCAAUGCUUGACGAAGAUGAGGGCCCGGCGCUCCCCACCAAGCAGAACGAGGAGUUCCGCCCGUUCAUCAGGAGGUUGCCCGAAUUCAAAUUCUGGCAUUCGGCAACGAAAGGCAUUGUCAUUGCCAUGAUUUGCACAUUCUUCGAAGCCUUCAAUGUGCCUGUGUUCUGGCCCAUACUCGUAAUGUACUUCAUCAUGCUUUUCUGCAUCACCAUGAAGAGGCAGAUCAAGCAUAUGGUCAAGUACAGAUACCUACCCUUCACACACGGGAAGAGGACUUACAGAGGCAAGGAAGACACAGGGAAACCUUUUGCUAGUUAAAAUAACCCCCCCUCCCCCAUUUUGAAAAUUAAAAGUUGUGUAAAAAGAGUAUAUGGUGGGGAACAGGGGUCAAUGAUUAUCUGUGAGGGGAUUGGGGGGAAAAAGAGAAAUGGGAUGAGAGUUUUGAUCCAAAAUGGUGACAGUGAUGGAUGUUAUUAGUGCUGAGGAUUGCUGUAGUCACGAGAACUCUGCCUUUGGUUAUUAUGGGGAUAUGAGUUGGCGAGCCAUCUCGCAGCUACGGGAUAACAUUGUCUUAAGUCAGUGGAUGAAACGCAGUGUCGCCCUUUGCCUUGUAACCCCAUGGGGUAAGUAUAAACUCUGCUAGAGGGGGCGGCACUGGAUGAAUUUCAGUAGAAAUUUCAGUUGUGGAUUCUUAACGACUAUCCCUUUUCAACUGCUGUGCACUGCUCUGUCUCCAAGGAAAGUAACUACUUUUGAUUGAAGACUUGGUACCUACUCGUUUAUAACGUGUAAUUAUGGGAAGUCUUUAGGUUUAGAUUGAAAUAACGAUAAGAUGUAACAUUUUGAAAUUGAAGUAAAUAUGAAAUAUUUAAAUUGA